UAUACGUAAAAAGAUGUGUGAUAAUUCUGAUUCCUCUGAGUUUUAUUCUAAGUCUUCUAGAUAGGAAAAUAAGUAUAGGCUAGUUUUAAAUUAAGAUAACAGGAUCAUUAGAUACAAUAAAGUAAUUGUGAAAGUGAAAAUGAAUUAAUUAAGAAGAAAGCCAAGUUAAAUGAUGAUAGCGGACAAAUUAAAAUAUCAAGAAAAGUUAGUGAUGAUUUGAUUAAAAUUUUUGAACGAUUGCCAAAUGAUUAAAUAACAAAACUUUUAGAUGUAAUCAAGGUGAAGAAUUCACGUAUUGCAAAUACAAAAUUCUAUUUUAUAGCUGAUUUACCAGUUUAAGUGAAUUUAGAAGAUUUAAUGACAAAAGAAGAUGAUUUUGUGUUAGAUAGUUAAUCUGAUUCUUAGAAAGGAAAAAUAAGAAAGAGAAGGGAGUCGAAAGAAAAAGAAUGCAAAUGUUGUAGAUAAGUUGUUAAACGUCAUCAUUGUACACAUACAGAAUGUGAAAAGCCUUGCUAAGUUUAAGAAAAAUUUAAAAAAAGCAAGCCAUGA